UGGAGUAUUGGCUGUAUAUUCGCGGAGAUGGCCAACAAAAACCCCUUAUUUCACGGCGACUCUGAAAUCGAUCAGUUGUUCCGUAUAUUUCGAACACUGGGAACACCGGUGGAGGACAACUGGCCGGGAGUGACACAACUGCCCGACUAUAAGCAGUCGUUCCCGAGUUGGAAGAAAAACAUUAUGCCGUCUCUGAUGCCAAACACAGAACAGUCCGGAAUAGACUUACUUCAAAGUAUGUUGAUAUACGACCCGCACAAACGCAUCUCAGCCAAAGCCGCCCUAAAGCACCCGUAUUUCAGCGAUUUAAAUAAGACUACACUUCCGGCCGCCUCUAUGGCUGUCGACUAAGUCUUGUAAAUACGUUGACUCUAACACUCAGAUUCUUGUAUUGUAUGAAAGUAUUCACAAUUCAGUAUUCAAUUAAUGAUGACUUUCCACACGAAUGAAUGCCAAAUAUAUUUGUGUUCAACCAUUAACUACUUUUCUAUAUUUAUAACUUAUAAGCACUACUUAAGUC